AUGCCAACAAAAACAGCUACCAGAGUGGCACCCCAUGCUUCUGGUACGCCAACGAAACGUCGCCCUCCAGCCAAAACAAUAGCCGCUUCUGGCUCUCCAUCAAAAGCGCGCAGGUCGCAGGCAGAGGCGAAGGAGAAAAGGAAAUCUGAUGGAAGGAGGGUUUCAAAUAUUCAGCCCGGAGAUCCAACCCCUCAGGGCCGUCGCCGCCGCUACAAGCCCGGAACUGUCGCUCUCAAAGAAAUUCGAAAAUACCAGCGCUCCUAUGACCUGCUGAUCGCCAAGCUCCCAUUCGCGCGGCUAGUGCGUGAAGUUGCGCUGGAUAUGCUACCCGCAGAAACAGGCUCCCAGCUACGCUGGCAAUCCCACGCUAUCCAAGCGCUUCAAGAAGCUGCUGAAGCAUUUCUGGUCCAUCUAUUCGAGGAUACCAAUCUGUGUGCGAUACACGCCAAACGUGUCACUAUAAUGCAGAAAGAUAUCCAACUGGCGCGUCGUAUUCGGGGGGCCUGGGCCGGACUUGGGUGA